GAGCGAGAUGGCUUCAUGGAGGGCUUCUUCAGAAGAGUGGAAGAAGUCAGAGGGCUCAUUGAUAAAAUCGCCUAUCAAGUGGAGGAGGUGAGGAAGAUGCACAGCACGAUCCUGUCUGCUCCCAACCCAGAUGACAGAACAAAGGAUCAGCUGGUGGCACUGACCAAUGAUAUCAAAGGAAAUGCCAACGUGGUGCGGACAAAACUCAAGACCAUGGAGCAAAGCAUGCCCAAAGACGAUACGCUCACCCGAUCCUCUGUUGACGUCAGGAUCCAAAAAACACAGCACACAGUUCUGUCCAGGAAGUUUGUGGAAGUUAUGACCGAGUACAAUGAGACUCAAGUGUCUUUUCGGGAAAGAAGCAAAGGACGGAUCCAAAGACAGCUGGAGAUAACUGGACGGGUGACCUCGAGUGAAGAGCUGGAAGACAUGUUGGAGAACUGGAACCCGUCGAUCUUCACCUCCGAUAUCAUCUCAGACUCUCAGAUCACACGUCAGGCCUUAAACGAGAUCGAAUCCCGACAUCAGGACAUCAUUCGGCUGGAGACCAGCAUCCGAGAGCUUCAUGCGAUGUUCAUGGACAUGGCCAUGUUGGUGGAGACUCAGGGAGACAUGGUCAACAACAUAGAGAAGAACGUGUCGGAUGCUGUGGAGUUCAUCAUUCGAGCUAAAGAGGAGACCAAAAAAGCAGUGAGAUACCAGAAAAAGUCUCGAAGGAAGCUGCUGUCUCUCAUCGCGUGUGGGGCUGCUACCAUCUUCAUCCACUCACCAUCUCUGAGUGAUGGGUCGCUCCUUUCAGGAUCAGACAGGCAACGGCUUUAUAAUAAGACUGUCAUUCAGUGUCCAGCAGCAUUACAGAUAGAUCUCCUGACCACAGUGAGGAGCAGUGAUGGGUGA